CAUACGUACACGGCAACUUUAUUUCAAACUGAUUUAUGAUGCAUGAGGGGCAGUAAAUGAAUAAACUGUCAUUGAACGACACUCUUUGUGGCAGAAUACAUGUUAAGAUCAAAACAUGGCGAUUUCAUUGCUGUUGCACACAGAAUAACGACAGUGAGAACUUCCCCCAUGCCACCUAAGCCUCAGAAUCAACACAGAAUUCCUGGCAAAAUUGAAAAAUAUCCGGAUAUGCCCCCACGCUGAUUGAGUGCGCACGGAUUUAGGUUGCCAUAUUCGGGACUUGGUCGCAUCCAACCCGUCAUGGUGAUGUUGUUUGUCUGCUAGCAAGCAAACUGCUGUGAGCGUGUGCGCCAACACAGACGAACUCGCGGCAUGGAAACAACGGAUAGUUUAUUCUCCAAGGCUACCAACUACUAACCAGAAGUUACUGCAUUGUAUAAGAUUUGGGCCGUCUUUACUCUGUGGCAGAGCUCAUGGCGAAGCUCUUUAGGCUCUUUAGCUCGAUCGCGAGACGAUCAAGCUGCUCACGUGAUCGAGCGUCGCUGGUGGCUGGGGCAACACCAAAGCUUGGAGAGUGCGCCGCCUAGUCGCGUUUGCUUACUGAAUAUCGUCAGGUUUGCGCCGGUUGCGCCGCUUUGAAUCGCGGGUUCGAUUUUUUCUCAGUUAUCAAUUGAACUCAACACUUGCGAUAAUGCCGCCAGCACUCAGCGACGAGGAGACCUCGGACUACGAGACAGCGCAGCCCGUCAAGUCCCCGCGCAAGUCAAAUUCCAUGUCCAGCGACGCGAGCGACGCGCUUGCAUUACUCCGGCGAAACGGACGACCCAGCAGGAAGGAAGAGAAAGGGUCGACUGAUGUAGAAGUGGCCGUGUACGCGGAAGUGGAUGCGGAGGACGAUGAGGAGGAGGACGAUGGGGAAGAGCUUGACGAAGAUGUGUUCAUCGUUGAAGCCAUCAAGAAGCACAUGAUCGACGAAGAUGGAACGUUGAAAUUCCACGUUAAAUGGGAGGGCUACGAAAAAAAGUCGGACAUGACCUGGGAGCCCGAGGAGAAUUUACAGGAAUCAGCUGGCGAUAUUCUGGCCAACUACCUCGAAUCCAUCGGCGGGCGAGAAAAGAUAUUUGAGGAGACACAGGAAGCUGCCAAAGGCAAGAAGCGCGGCCGUACCUCAAGCACGGCGCAAUCUGCCAGCACAAAGCGCUCCAAGAGAAACGGGACACAUCCUAGCGAAUCGACGCCGCCAGCGACAUCAGACAAGUGGAAUCCUCCGGCAGGAUCGUGGGAGGACGAAAUCGAUACGAUUGACGCCUGCGAAGACGAAGGCAGCGGCCGGCUCAUUGUUUACCUUGUGUGGAAAAACGGACGUAAGACGAAGCACGACACAAAGGUCAUUUACAAGAAGUGCCCGCAAAAAAUGUUGGCAUUCUACGAACGCCAUGUACGAAUCAUCAGAGAAGGGAAUAUGCAGCUGACUGAGUGAAGAGGUACAACGCUCAAGUGAGGAGACGUUGGAAGGAAAUCAAGAGCGAAGGAGUCAUCAUUCGCCCCUUUUCUGUCUCAUGAAAAUGGUGUUCCGGGAUUGAAUUUAUUCUUCGACUACUUCCUACAAUUGUUGUAUGAAGGCUGGCGUAUGUGGAUUGUUUUGGUUCUAACGUUUACUUAAUCUUCGCGCCUGUUUUCUUACCAGCUACGAUUUCGCAAUUACAUGGCCUCUUGCCAUUAGUUACUACGACCUAACUAGCUUCUAUUAACAAUAGAAGUAGUAUGGACUGCAGUUGCGGUGUACAUAUAUCGGCUGCUGGAGGUAUUUUUGCAGAGUGCCGUCUGACUUUGUAUCUUUACAUGACGAUGUUAAUUUAUUCGUGGAUGACUGAAUGAAGCUACUUAUUGACUGACA